GUGGAGGCAGCACAACAUGGCGGCCGCUGCUUCCUAACACACACACACACAUGUUUCACCCGCCAUUUCCUUCCUUGUUAUAGAUCUUAUCGGUUAAGAUUAUAGUGGAAUAAGAUGACGUCGUUGCACUGUGUCAUCCAUCCACUGCCAGGCACUGAGGACCAGCUUAAUGAGAGGCUGAAAGAACUAGGCCUUCGUCUCAACUGGUCUGGUGGUGUUGGGGUGAGUGCGGUGGCUGGGCUGAGGGAGAACAUUCGACAGGUGGCCAUAGGUCCAUCUCACAUUGCAGUACUCACGGAAGAUGGCCGCGUGGCUCGUCUGGUCUUCUCCAUCAACACCGAUGCUCUCGACCUUAAUAAAGCUGACCACAAACAGGGAAGUUGCAACAAGAGCAGUAGUCAGAGCAGCACCAAGUUGACGGCUCGCAUGUCCACCGGCGGCCGGAGGAUUGUUUGCACUUCUGGGUCUGGUGGAGUGCGUGGGCGGGGUGCAGGGGUCAUCAUGGGCUCAUCGCGCCCCAUGUUGCCUGCACAGUAUGUCCCAGAGGAGCUGAUAUCCCAGGCUCAGGUGGUGCUUCAGGGCAGGAGCCGCAACCUUAUUAUCAGAGAGCUGCAGAGAACCAACCUGGAUGUGAACCUGGCAGUCAACAACUUACUGUCACGGGAUGAUGAGGACGUGGAGGAGCCCGAGGAGAGUGGUGACUCCUUUGUACCAGAAGACCUGAUAUCUCUACUAGAUGCUGGCAUAUCUGUGGCUGCUGACCAUCCCUCAGUCAUAAUUGAUGCAGAUGCCAUGUUCUCAGAUGACAUGUUUGGAUAUUCCCUGUGGCGCAGUCGAUCAGGUGGAAGCCGUGCAGGUGAGAGAGACCGUGAGGGUUCUGCAGGUUCCACCGGUUCAGAACACCGCGGUGAGCGUGAACUGAGAUGGCGUGACUGCACUACUCGGGACCCCGUAAGGGUCUCCAACGCUCUGCUGUCGGUUAGAGUCACACAACCCCACACAGAAAAAGAUUCCCUGCUGCCAGAUGCUAUUGAUGUGGCAGACAGCCUACAGUACUGGCCAGAGAGACAAGGGAACCAGCCUGCCCCGAGGUUUACACACAUUGCUGCCCUCCACUCCGAGCUGGUCGCUGUGUCCACCACCGGACAACUCUACCAGUGGCGGUGGGCAGAUAAAGACCCAUAUGUGCACCCUGAGCUAUCAACUGUGCACCACCCUAAGGCAGUGCCCCUGGGACUAGCAGGAGAGAGAGUGGUGGCCAUCAGUGCUGCUGGUGUCAGGUGCAGUGUUGCCACAGAGUCUGGUCGUGUGGCCACUUGGCUGGAUGAGACACUAGCUGAUGUAGCCACCAAAUUGGAACAGCCUGCCCAGUCCUUCCCAGAGUUACAGAAUGACCGGAUACUGUCCCUCCACACGUGUCAGCUGUACACGUGUGCGUGGUGCGAGUCUGGCUCACUCUACUGGUGGGGCGUCCUGCCCUUUAACCAACGAAAGAAACUUUGGGAAAAGUUUCGCAGCAAGAGUCGUAAACAGCGCUCAGAGAUCACUGAGGGAGUGCAGGUGGGUAUGCGGUCGUCCCCCAUGUACCACUCCGGGGCCCUGGCAUUCUCCACUUCGGGAGGUGUGCCUAAGAUCGGCCAGUUGUUGAAUGCUGCCUGGAAUCUCAGUGACACUUGCAGGUUCAAAAUUCUUCCUCCUGGAGGAGUGACCAGUGGAGGGGGCAGCAGUGGGUCCAGCAGCAGCAACAGUAAUGGUAGUGGAGGCAGUACAGGAGGCUGUAACAGCAGUACCUCAUCAGGGUUCCAGACAGGUAGCGGCAGCUCUUCCACAGCACAGAGUGGGGUAUCAAACAGCAGCAGCAGCAGCAGCAGCAACAACAGCAGUAGUAGCAGCAGUGGUGUGAGCAGCGGAGGCGGAGAGAAGAAGACCCUGGCAUCUGAAGUGUUGGGGUCGGCAGCCAAGAUUCUCAAGUGCGGUGAUAGCAAGGAGUCAUCGGACAAGCUGGACAUGCCUCCCCCUCCCUCCCCUGCCUCCAGUACCUGCUCUGACACAGGAUCCAUAACGUCCCCAGCCUCAUACAAGCGAGGUAAGAGACCAUUACCUCGUGAUGAGAUGGAACGAUUUGAUGAAGAGGAAUGGCCUCUGCGUGAUGUAAUCUUUGUAGAAGACACAAGACCAGUACCUAUUGGGGAGGUUCUUGCUGUUGAUGGCAAUCAGGUGGUUGUGGUGCCCCAGACAAAGGAAGGUAAAGGUAACUUGCGUGUCAUCCACCGUGAUCAGCUGCAGGUGAUCCGUGCCGGGGGGAACCCUCGUGUCCCCGACUGUUACCAGAAGACCCCCAAACGUAUCCCAGUGACGGAACAAGGCCAGAUCCUCACUGUGGCCGUGGAUGGCAGAGGGAUUCAUGCCAUUGUUAAGAAUGGCAGCCGGUUGACGUACGUGAUCUACAACCUCAGUUCAGGGAAGGCCGAGCAGGAGUGUGUUUUCCCCACUGACAGUACAGCAUUUAUGGGUUCUGAGCCUUCUAGUAUUUCUCUCACCAUUACUGGGGAGAGUGAGAAUGUGGGUAUCCUGCGUGAUGGCAACAGCACCAUAUACCCACUGAGUAAAGACUGUGUGGACUCCAUCAAGGAUCCUCACUGGCCUGACCUGCCUCCAGUGUCCUGCUUGGGAGUGGCCACGCAUUUCCUACACGGGGCGGGCGCACAUCAAAAAAACCACGUUGCCUUGCUCGUGUUGGCACUGAAGACCCAGACUCUGAUGCCUAAGAUCCUGCGCUGUGAUCCCGAGGGCGUGAGGCAGGUCUUGGCACUGAUUGAAAAUGAUAACCCCAAUGGUGUGUCAAGUUUAACAACAGAAGCAAUCGUGGAGGAGAAGUGUGAUGGAAACCGCAAUAUUCUUCAUGCUUGUAUCUCCACCUGUUGCCCGGUCACAAGUAAAGAGACAGAGGGAGAGUCAGUGUUAGAAAAAGAUCCAAUAUUGGGUAGCUUUGCUUGGCCCCCAAGUUCCUCAGACACACUGAGUGACACAGCCAGUGCUGCCGGUCCAGAUGAUGACCUCAUGACUCCGUCUUCUUCCAAGACCACUCCAGGACCUAGCAUGCCCACCUUGGGAUCGUCCGACCCAACGGAACGCAAAUCCUACUCUUUAACUAUACUGCGAACUAUCUGUGACAGUCCCGCACUGACGCCACACUUGCGUAGCAUGUUAACAGCCCGCGAUUCAAACGGUUUUACUCCGUUCAUGCUGGCCGUUUCAGGCCGAGCGUACCAGGCAGCCCUAAUCCUCUUUGAUGUGAUUCACCGCGUGGCACACGACAGUGCUAUGGAUGCCGAAAGUGAGCGCCGGGCCAUCACCCAAAUGAUAUUUCCUCGUGGCAGCAACCCCGAUGACUCUCCUCUUCACGUGCUCUGUUAUAAUGACACGUGCUCCUUCACUUGGACAGGCGCCGAGCACAUCAACCAGGAUAUCUUUGAGUGCCGAACUUGUGGACUUGUCGGCUCCUUGUGCUGCUGUACGGAGUGUGCGAGAGUUUGCCACAAGGGUCACGAUUGCAAGCUCAAGAAGACUUCCCCAACUGCUUACUGUGAUUGCUGGGAAAAGUGCAAAUGUAAAGCCCUCAAAUCUGGACAUCAAACAGCUCGCUUUGACCUUCUCUCUCGCCUCAUAACAGAAACUGAUCUGGUGAACGUAGCCAAUGGCAGGGGGGAGAAUCUUCUCUUAUUUCUUGUACAAACAGUUGGACGCCAAGUGACGGAACAGAAGCAGUGGUCAAGAUGCCGUUCGUCAUCCUCCACCCGUAAGAACCCUUUGUCAGACGCGGUUAAUAUGGAGGUUCCCGACCAUGACCUGGAACCACCCAAGUUCAGCCGCCGUGCCCUGGAACGCCUUUUAAAUGAUUGGGCGGCAGUGAGGGCCAUGAUCAUGACCGGUCACAAGGAGGAGAACCCCCCAACUACUGCCUCCACUGAUGAAAUAAACUUUAUGCAGUACCAGGGCCACACCACACACCUUGACAAGUUUACCUACUGUUUACUUGUUAAAUUAGCAACUCAGGUCGAACAUCGUAACCUGAAGUUAAAACAGUUAAUAAAUAGCGACGACGACGAACGUAAGAUGAUCGCCGACACGAUGGUGACCGCACUCAUUAAUACACUCAUUAGAGAACUUCACAAUGAUGCUGUUCCUGGACGCAAGCAAGAGGCAGAGAAGGUGGCUCGAAGGUUUAUAGCUUCAGUGGUGCGGAUAUUUGUCAUCCUGGCCAUAGAGAUGAUUCCCAACGUCAGCAAGAAGAAGCCGGGCAGUUCUUACACACAGCCACUUGCCAAAUGUAUAAAGGUGUUUGAAUCAGUGAUUCCUGUAGCUGUGACCGAGCUGUGUGAUGCUGCUGAUGCUCUCAUGCUGCCUGUGCGCCUCAACUAUGUCAAGCCCACAGCACCGUUCCCCCUCACUUCAACUCAUGUUGAUGCUAAUCAUGGUUGCAAGGAGAUGUUUGAAGUUGAGCCCCUUCAGCGACACCAGCAGAGGGUUGGUGGAAGUAUUGUAGAUCAAUCUCCUGCGUCUGGCAGUGGCAGUGGAGGAGACAGUGGAAGUGGAAAUGUCGGAGGAGGAGAAGAAGUGGAGGAAGCUGGGGAGGAGGAGGUAGCACCCAGUAUGUCUCGCCCUAGUCCGGCUCCUGUGGCCAGACCAAGGAGGGCUCGGCCAGACCACAUCCUCCCUCCUCAGGUGGAUGACCAUGACAACGAAGGAGGUAGUGAACGCGACGAUGCCAACGAACGCUCCGAACAAGACGGAGACGGAGGUGGCGAAGUAGAGGGCGGAGAAUCCGACAUGGAACUAGACCUCCUGGCAGAGUCAGACAGCGACAGUGACGACAAUCAAUCUGCUGUUGACAACACUUCGGCACAGAGGUCCGUGCAGACCGGUGCCACCGCUGGCAGUGACGGAGAGGAUGACUCCGGGGAAUCUUCUCCCGGGGAAGACGAGGAUGACGAAAGUGAAGCAGCAGAGACUGAUGAAUUUGAUUCAGGAGAGCUGUUCUCUGAUGAGCAGCUAGAGAGGCGGGGCAACACCUCAUCUACCGCACGUAACAUUGCUCCACACAAUCUGCAGUGGGCAGUAAGGAACCCCAGGGACAGCAGCUCACGCUCAGGAGGCACCGCAGGAGGACCCACUGCGACUGGUUCCUCCAGCACAACAUCAAGUGGCUUAAUCUACAUUGACCCAACUUCCCUAAGACACGGUCCAACAUCCAACUCUACGGUGACCCCCUCAUCUCACGAGCCAGUCAGUCUGGCCACCACCAAUAACACACUAGCCAGAGCCUUCACCAUUGUGGUGAGACAAAUGAGUUCCCUUCUCAGUUUGGCAUGUGAUGUAGUGAGAGAUGGAGGCCUUACCUCAAGGACGCCUGGAGGGGGGGGCAUCCCCGGCAGUAGUGGCAGCAGCACCACUACCACUCAGAUGUGCCUCACACCCACCAUCAUUGCUGCUCUUCUCAAGCAGGUAGAUGCACGCCUUCAGCCGACCUGGGACUGGUUACUCAGUCUCAUGGAUUCAACUGAAUCACAGCUCAGAUUUGGCCGUGAGUUAAACCAGCUGAUAGAAGGGAGUGGUGGUGCGAGUGCUGCCACCAUAACACCACCUGCAGGGAUCCCCGCCUCGCGUCCCCGGGAGAGAAGCGCCGGACGCACGGGGCUGCCGUUCAUUCGAGACCCUCUGACGGGUCCUCUGUCUAGGUAUCAGAGUGCUAGACGCGGGACCCGUGCCACAACCACCACGGCCGACCCGCAGAAUGCCAGAAGAGACACACUCUCUUAUGUGGUGUCCCUCCUGAGGGCUCACAAAAAUGAACAUUGUGAUACAUUGCCUGACAUUGAUGUUGGUUCACUAAAGCAUAUAGCAUACGUGUUCGAUGCCCUCAUCAGUUACCUGCGGUGUUGUGAGAGUGACAGCAGUGCCCACAUAGACUCAGGUGGAGCAGAGUGCACUGGGUUUUCGUGGGAACGCGAUGAGAACGAGAACGAAGAUGACAUGGAUGAUCUGCCUUCUAUCACACCUUCGGCUGGGGACAGUGAAUCUGCAGAUGAAGACUCCAAUCUGUCAAAUUCUCGUGGCAGAAAACACACAUUUUUCCAGAGAUCACAGUCGACCUUAUGCCUGGGAUCAGUAGGAGCAGAUGUGUUCACUAGCAGCUUGCAGGAGGCUUUGCCACUUGCUGAUAAACCACAUCUUCUUCAGCCCAAUGCUCGCAGAGAAGAACUCUUUGGAAUUCCUCGUGCACACACUCAUAAUGCUGGUCAUGGUACAAGAACGCCUUUAGACGCUCCUCUGUCUCGGCUUGGCGUGUUAGAGAACCUGCACAUGGUGGGGCCCUACCCACCCACUCCCCAGCAGUCUUAUGCACACAUGUUGGGAUCUACACGCACACUUGACCAUCAGCCCACUGACCUCUCCCUCUACACCACAGGACAGUUGAGAGAUUUAAAGGAUGAAGAUAUUAGUGAGGACAGUGGAGAAACAUCUCAGGAACGAGCCCCCAUCAUUGUAUCCCCAAGAAGAACGGGCAGCAGCUUGGGUGAGGGAAUAUCAGACCACAGCAGCGGUGGUGCCACGUACACGGCCGAGUCCACUACACCUGCUAGAUCCAGCGUCAAAAGUGUGAUUGUCAGGAUUGGUUCAUCAGCUGUAUCUAAUGCAUUUAAACCUGAGGUUGGCACAGCAUCAUCGCUGUCGUCUAGCCUGGCAGCUUCAACAUCCACCACGACCUGCACUCCCUCGGGCCCCUUAGGGGGGCGUAGCGGAGCAGACCUUCUUGUGGUUCCCUUGGACGGGCGAGGUAGUCGGGGCCCCGAGGUAGGCCUGCACGCACCCCAUGAUGUGUCAGCCAAUGUUACCAUCGACACUACACAUGACCAUAUGAAACCGGCAUUAUUAAGAAGUGGAGUAUCUCAGGAUUUGCUGUUGGGACGGUGGAGACUGACGUUGGAGUUGUUUGGGAGAGUAUUUAUUGAUGACGUUGGAGCUGAACCUGGCUCUAUUAUUGCCCAGCUUGGAGGUUUCCCUGUUAAAGAGGCCAAGUUUAGAAGAGAAAUGGAAAAACUUAGGAACUGUCAACAACGGGACCUGAAUCUCACUAAGAUUGACCGUGAGAGAGGACAGCUAGUUACUCAAACGUUUAAGGAACUCAACACACAGUACAACAACUACCACAGGCGGGGCACACAGUCGUCUCCGCCUCUAGCGGUGAAUCGUGUUAAAGUCACAUUCCGGGACGAGCCGGGUGAAGGGUCAGGAGUGGCCAGAUCCUUUUACACGGCCAUUGCAGAGGCUCUCUUGUCCGGGGAGAAGCUCCCCAGCCUGGAACCCUGCCAGGUGAGGCCCAAAGAAGUUGGACUCUCUGUGGUGCGAUACAGCUUAUACGGCCAGUACAAGGGUCGUGACAGAGACCGUCGCCAGGGUGCGUCAUCUUCGCGCUCUUUACAAAGGAGAGAAGCCCGGAAGACGCUCACCGUCGAUGCCCGCCCAUUUUACAUGACGGGAGAAGGGACCAGCAAUGAACAUCUGCCCUCCAACAUGUUGCAAAUUGGAGAAGUGCUCUUCCCUAAAGUGCAGAGCCUCAGACCAUCUCUUGCCAGCAAAAUCACUGGGAUGUUGUUGGAGUUGACACACGCCCAGCUGCUGCUGCUCUCGGCCAGUGAAGACGCUCUCCGCCAGAAGGUGGACGAGGCAGUGGAUCUCAUUCUUGCCCAGGGCAGAGACCACACCCCAGAGUAUUCCCCAUCACACCAAGACACAGAUGAAGGUGGGGAGGAACCUGAGGAUGCCAGUGCACCUCUGUUUUACCAGCCAGGCAAGAGAGGUUUCUACUCUCCUAGACAGAGUCGACCAACUCCCGAAAGACUAAAUGCAUUCCGCAAUGUUGGGAGACUUCUGGGGCUGUGCUUACUACAAAAUGAGCUGUGUCCUAUUUAUUUAAACCGACACGUUCUAAAAUAUAUUCUGGGGCGUCCAGUUCGCUUCCACGACCUGGCCUUCUUUGACCCAGUGAUGUAUGAAAGUUUACGCAAGCUGGUGCUAGAUGCAGAGAACAAGGACACUGGCACUGAUGUAUUCAAAGCACUGGACCUUACAUUCAGUAUUGACGUGAUCCCGGAGGAAGGUGGCACAAAUAUAGAGCUCAUAAGUGGAGGACGGAAUGUAGAAGUAACUACUGGUAACGUGUACGACUACGUGCGCAAAUAUGCCGAGUAUCGCAUGGUUAAAUCUCAAGAAAAAGCCUUGCAAAACAUACGUGAUGGAGUGUUUGAUGUCAUCCCUGGAGGUUAUUUAGACUCUCUCACUGCUGAGGACCUACGAUUGUUGCUCAAUGGGGUUGGAGAUAUCAACGUUGCCACUCUGAUCUCGUACACGUCGUUCAAUGACGAGAGCGCCGAGUCUAAUGAUCGUCUCAACAAGUUCAAGCGUUGGCUCUGGUCCAUCGUAGAAAAAAUGACUAAUCAGGAGAAGCAGGAUCUGGUCUACUUUUGGACUGGUUCACCAGCUCUACCAGCAUCUGAAGAAGGGUUCCAGCCCAUGCCGUCGGUCACCAUCCGGCCUGCCGAUGACUCCCACUUACCCACGGCCAACACGUGCAUCAGCCGCCUCUACAUCCCUCUCUACUCGACUCGUGCUAUUUUACGCUCCAAACUCCUGCUAGCCAUUAAGACCAAAAACUUUGGCUUUGUUUGAGAGCUAACUAGAAAUAUAAUUGAUUAAGGAUAAGGGAGAAAUAUUUGUAUUAAGGAACCAGAAGCUGUAGCAAGUGAUGAGGUUUGUGUGUAUAUGUCAAUGGUUAUCUGGUUCACUGGCCUGGGGUAGGGGUGCAGGUCCAUGUAAGAAAGCUGAAGGAGUCUCUUUCAAGAAGUUGUGAAGUAAUUAGUGCAGCACAUGCAGGAGGUGAGUCAUGUGUUGACUCAAAAGUUAAAGUUGUUAUGUAUGUUUUUAAGUUUGUUCCAUAAAAAGUGAGGGAAAUUUGAAGUGUUUUGUAUACAUUAAGGAAGUAUAGUGAAGGCAUUACUAGUGAACAAGAAGGAUGAUGCAAGAAUGUUAGUUACCGUACCAGUUUUAGAUGUGACCUAAUUAAAAUGAUUUAUAAUCAAUCGGCAGUUUGAAGCUGUUAGUGUAUCACUGUAAUUUUAUAUUUUAUUGAUGCAGGCGAUAUUAGCCCAAAGUGUGCAAUGAUUAACACAAUACAGUACAGUAAAGGUCACACUUGGCAUCCUCAAGAUUUGUGGUUAUUGGCACUGUCUUAUCUUUAGUAAAAUAACUAUAAAACCUCAAUCUUUACACCUUACUGGAGGAGACACUAUCAACUUCCCGAAGUAAUAAUAAAAAAACCGAAACCCUUUAUAAGUCUUUAUUAUCAAUAUUUUUUUGUUUUUGAGUAUAUAUUCAUGAUCAUCAAAGACCUUUGUCGUGGUAGUAAACAUGUCAACUAUAACUGUAGUGUGUAUCACGAAUGAUGGCAUGUUGUGGUAACUUCUUUUUAUUUGAGCUGAAUGUUGCGUUUUAUGCAAAGUAACUUCAAUUUUUUUUUAAUAAGUUUGUCUAAAAUUAAACUUUCACUUUAAGAAAAAAUGAAUCAGUGAUGGCACUUUGAUUAUGGCUUCUGCCCAAAAGAUGGUACAGUACAUUACAGUACAGUACUUGUUGAAGGCAUUCCUUGCAGUUAUAGAAGACAAGAAUGAUGAAAGAAACCCAUCAAAUUUUAUAAAUAAAGUUAAGAGGUAUGAGUGAGUAUGUGAUUGCACAGCAAACUGAAGACAUCAGUUUGGAUGUAAUAUUGGAGAGGAAGGAUGGUCAUGUAAUGGUGCAGUUGGCUGUGUCAAUAUACAAUAUUUAAGGUGGUCAGCUUUGUGUGUGUGUAUGUAGAACAGAGACCUUUAGUACUUUUUUCAAAAGUCAAGAAAAUGAAAGAGCUAACCUCUAUGCACUGUACCUUAACAAUGAACGUCUGGCUAAUAUGUUUUGUAGGUGACUGAGUGACUUACUGUGCAAAAUAAGUAAAUACUGUAGUAACAGUACACUGGGUAUGUCUGCUUGAUGAAACUUUAUGGCUUAUUAUUUAAGUCAUAACCUUUCAGAGUUUAUUAUAUAUAUUUAAGCCAUUCUGUCCCUCCCUUCUUUUUAGUUUUCCUCCACUUCUUGCUGACCAAAAAUUGUGUGAGAGGAUGUGGCAACACAGGGUGUGUGUAGUAGUGGUUACUAACAAGUUUGUCAUUCCAUAAUUCAAUCAUACACACACACACACACUUUCAUCUUUUAUAUAUUUUCAGCUUUUGGCUGCUAUAUUUUUCAAUAAACUGUUAUUAUUAUUUGUUCAUAAUAUUUUGGUUUUGCACUUACACUUUUAAUCCUUCUCCACAAUCCAGUCAUCCACACAACACACUUUUGUCUUCUGUAUAUUUAUAGCUGCAAUUUUCAUUAACAAAUUUUUUAAAGUUUUUAUAUAUUUUAUACACACACUUUCAAGCCUUUUUCACGUUACAGUAUACUGUACAUACAUACAUGCAGUCAGUUAAAGCUGUAAACAAAAUUCGCUUUACAGUAUUGUUUUUUCUGCAGACAUUCAUAUACUGUGCAGUAUCUUUUUUGCUCUUCAAUGCAAGUGAUUAAAGUUCAGACAAGAACAGAAAAGCAAAUUAACAUCAGAAAAUUAUCAAAAUGUGAGCAUUUAGACUGAAAAGUGAAUUUUGCUCAACUAUAAUUUACUCAGUCCUGUACUGUAUACUGUAUUAUGACGUCUGGGGAUUAUAAAGAUAAAUUGUUAAAUAUGGUAUACAGUAUUUGCCCAGCCUGCCUCACCUUGCAGUUACUGUACAUGUAAAAUAUUUUUGAUUGGUGACUGUAUUGAGGAGCAGGAGUUAGUGAGGGUGACCCAGGCCCACUUCAUUUGUGUUCCUCGUACUGAAUUUAUUAUUUUGCCGUACUGAGAUCUUACCAUCUUUAAGGACAAUUUUAAGGCAAAUCUUGUGAUGCAGAUUGACUUGUCUGGCUGUUACUCUUCCAUUUAUUAUGAACUACUAAGAAUGUGAACAGUGUUUAUUAUGGUCCAAUGUAGAUGUCUCAUUAGCUACAACCCUAUUUGAGUGUGCACGUCUUUCUGUCACAUGCUUUGGUCAGAACAAUUUAUUUAUUUUAUGUAUUGAUCUUUAAGAGUAUCUCAUAAUGGUAUAGAUUGGUUGAUUCUCACACUCCAAUCAGUUAUUCUUGUAGAGAUAUUUUAUAUCCCCAAAUCAUAGACUAUUUAGUUUAAUUUAUUUAAUUUGUUUGUUUUAAUGUUUAUUAAAUUCUGACUAUAAACAGUAUGUGAGCCGAGAGGAACUGAUUAGUGUGGAUUGUGAAUUUAGGAUUGUAUAAAAUCAGAUUGGUUUAAAAAUAUAAAAUUGCCGUUAUUAGUGUUUUGUAAUGGAGUAGUUUAAGCUGCAACAUUUUGGGAAGGAGAUGGUGAGUCAUGAUGUCUUCAUAUAUUAAGAAUGUAAUAAUAUGAAAUAAAAAAUCUUGCACCAAG